ACCUACUCGAUCAUCAUUCGUUGAAACCACAAACCAACCAUAUCUCUAUCCCCUAGUGCUUUGUGAGAAACACAAGUAAGCAAUGGCAGGACGUCCGUACACCUCCCUCCUGCUGCUGCUUUCUCUGCUUCUUCUAGUCACACUCUCUCCUGUGGCUGAGGCUUACACCAAGCUUCGUCCUCAAGAUUGCAAACCAAAAUGUACGUAUCGGUGCUCGGCGACAUCGCACAAGAAGCCAUGCAAGUUCUUCUGCGAAAAGUGCUGUGCCAAAUGCCUUUGUGUACCUCCAGGAACUUACGGCCACAAGCAAGUAUGCCCUUGCUACAACAACUGGAAGACCCAAGAAGGAAAACCCAAAUGCCCCUGAUUCAAAUUCCUUCCGCGGCCCCAAAAUUAGUAGUAAUAAAGCAUACAAUUGCUUCCAUUUCUGCCAUUAAUUAAAGUCUAGUUUUAUGAAUCAAUUAUGGCAGCAAUUAUUGUUUUCAAUUAAUUACCACUUUAGUGUUUGCUACCCUCUAGGCUGUAAAUCCAUCUUACACCCAGAUUAGGCGGUGCAAUAUACUGUGGCUUUAUUAUUUUUUCUUUAUAACUUUUGUAACUUCUAUAAAAAUGAAAAUAGUGUUCAACUACUUGUUUGGCCUAAACUCUAGGUUACUUGAUCUAGUGGUAAUAGGGUUAGAAUUAGAGAUAAUAUCAGAGAAUCUUGGAGAUAUCCAAUCAAUGUAAUAUUAUGUUUCUUUGUACAACUCUUAUUCGAUGCCUUGUAAUCCUCUCUAUAUAAAGAGACUCAUAUUAUCAAUGAAAGUACGACUCAAUUAUCUUCCAA